UGUAAAAGUGGCAGCUUCAACUGUUGCCCGGACUAACCCGUUCAGCAUCCACGUCCCACACAGUCUGACACAGAGAAGUGAGACGGCUCACCGAGCACGAAGCGGAAAAGUGAGAGGAGAGGUGGAACAUUUACGCACAGCCUCUUGAGUCUGGAGUGUUUUGGCGCGUCUUUAAAGCCCACCUUGGAUCGUUUUUGGACAACAUUUUCCUGCAUUGGAUUUUGGGUUAAUUUCAGCACUUAAAUGGCAGCUUCAAGUAUGAUUUCCUCGCACCUGUUCCUGUUGAUGUUAAACUGUUUCCUGGGUGCCGCGUCAGUUAGGACCAUGAAAGGGAGCUCUGGGAGCGCACAGGACAGUAGCUUCCUCCAGCCCUCGUCGGACCCGUUCUCUGACGACCUGGACCAAGACAUGGUCUCGCAGCACAUGUCCAAACUGUACGAGAAAUACAACAGGGAAAACCGCCUCAGAGAGGGAAACACUGUCAGGAGUUUCAGAGCCAGCCAAGACUCUUCUGACCACAGGACUGUGUACCGACUAAACCUUACAACCCUCCAGGACUCAGAGGUCAUCCUCUCUGCCACAUUCCACUUCCUGCUCGAUCGGCCCCCUCAUCACAAACCCUGGUUCUGUAAACGCUUCAAAAGCCCAUCCUGCCGUUCCUCAGCCAUCCACCCAUCUCCGUCCAUCAGCUUGCUCCUUCGCGCUGUCUCCUCUGGGUCAGAGGUCAGAUCUGGGUCAAUGGGGUCAUUUCUAGGCAAUGUGACCUUCCACCCCCACAGGAGAGGGGUGUGGCAGAUGAAAGAUGUGACCCAGGUCAUAAAGGAGGCACGGGACAAGGGUCAUCUCCUGGUGUCAGUGGAGUUGGACAUAGGUCAGCAGUACCAGAGGAAACCAGAAGAGGCGCUGUCUGCUGGCAGCCUGCCCUACCUGUUACUGUAUGCUAAUGACCAAGCUUUGGCAGAGCCUAACAGCGUGGCUGCAAGCCUUCAGAGAUAUGACCCGUUCAAUGAGGGAGGGGAGCCCUCACAUUCCUCUCAGUCCUCUCAGCUCCUGCACAGACCGAACUCCUCACCAGAGUCGAAAGGACGCGUGAGAAGGGAAGCACCUUCACUCUCUGACCCCAUUCAGAACAAUGAGCUGCCCGAGGUUGACUUCAGGCCUGAUGGAUACAGGAAGGAGGACCUUUGGGAGAGCACUUGGUACCUGGCACUCAAACCCAAGCCUAAAUCCGGAAAGAAGGAAAAGAAGAGAAAGAGCCAGGAGGAAGAAGGAGUGGAGCAAGGUAGGGGAGCACACGAUAAGGAAGAACCUCAGGUUCUCAAAGAAGAAGGAACAUCACAGUGGCUCAAACCUCAUGACUCAUCUGUGAAAAAACUCAAAGACAGUCGAAUGCUGACAAUCGGCGAUGGACGAAAGCACGAGCGGAGAAAUGAGGGAAAGGAUGGAAGAAAGCCCAAGGGGAGCGCAAACUCUCAGUCACCUGUUCUGAGUUUUGAUGAACAAACCAUGCGUAAGGCCAGAAGGAGGCAGUGGGGCGACAACCAGCACAGAGGAUGCUCAAGGAGAAACCUCAGAGUGGAUUUUGCAGACAUUGGCUGGAGCGAAUGGGUAAUAGCACCCAAGGCCUUCGAUGCGUACUACUGCGCUGGCACAUGUGGCUUUCCCAUGCCCAAGGUGGCGAGGCCGUCUAAUCACGCCACCAUCCAGAGCAUAGUCCGAGCAGUCGGUAUCAUCCCUGGAGUUCCUGAGCCCUGCUGUGUCCCAGAAAAGAUGAGUUCCCUGGCUGUGCUCUACCAGGAUGAAUCCAGGAACCCAGUGCUCAAGGUUUACCCCAAUAUGUCCGUCCAGUCCUGCUCCUGCAGAUAGGGAGGGGAGGGCAAUGGGGGUAGAGGACAAAACAGGGAGGAUGUGGAGAGAAACAGAAAACGGGACUAAUGGAGACAGAACCAUACCUCUGUUUAUUAAGUGGUUUCUUGAUACUGAGAAACAAAGUCACUUUGGCCGUCGUUAUUCCUUGAAGAACAUAGGCUGUAGAGAAAUCACUUCCAUCUCUUCUGUCCUGCGGCAGCAGACUUGAAGAGACACAUUGUCUGGCGUCUGCCUUAGCAAGAGGAACAGAGUCACAAGUGUAAAGUCAGGGCUCCACAUGUCCAAGAAGCCCACUUGUUUUGAUUCUGUGUUUGAGAUAAUGUUGAGGAUUUCAUGGACAGGAACAUUUAAGGGAUGUAUUCCUUUUUUAUCUCAAAUGAACUUGUUUUUCAAAGAGCUCACAGUGAGUUUGUGUUCAUGUUUUCUUUGGACACAAAGGCUACAAAUAAAAGACUUUAUCUCUGUGUCAUCGGGCAGCUUACACAGUCACAUACAGAUGACAGAGAUUACGAAAAACAUAUUUCUACAGUUUUACACUCUGUGUACAGCUGUUCUUACUUUUAAGCUAAUCAUACGCCACAUUGUACAUACAUGCAACGUUAAUUUGUUUGCAAGACAGGAGGGUUAUUGUACAUUCUUGCUCCGUAUAUCUUAAAAAGGAAAUAUCCAAUGGAUUGUAGAGAGCAUCUGGAAUUCAUUUACACCCACCAACCCCCUCAUAACACUUCAAGAAUGUUAUAUUGAAACCAGAAAUAUUUUUCUAUUUUGAAUGUGAAACUUGGUUAAAAAUAAUUUGUCAUGGUUACUAGGUUAUGUAUUACUAUAUUUUAGAUGAGAUGCUGUUUUGUACAUGUGUAUUGUUUAAAUUAUGAAAAGGUAGCCUUCUAUAAGUUAGAAUAAAAAAAGUAAUUUAAUCCAAUGCUCUUGCUGGAAUAUUAUUGUUUCAUACACUUUGUGUUAUUCUUGGUCAUUACUGCGUAUAACAUUUGAGUCUUGGGGGGACCUUUUUUGUCAAAACAAACAUAAAAGGGCACAACUCUUCCAAAAUAACUUACAAAAGCAGGAAGGUUCCACUCAAAGAUAGCCAACAUUCCCCUAAAGCCCCUUGAACCCAUUAUUACCCCACACCAAAGGCUCAGACGUCUGUUGUCCAGCAAAUAAUGUGACUGAUGCAGUUGCAGUGGGUUAAUGGUUGAUGGAGGAAGCCGCCAUGCGCCUAUUAGGACGUCAGCCACUUGAACUUCAAAACGUGGCGCACUUCCCCUUUUCUGCCCCUCAAUUCAAAAGCAGAACAUUUCCAAGUCAGGAUGUUCUUCUCAAUAGCCUUUUCUCUCAAACAGAUGGUUACAGACGGAAGAUCUCAACCAAUUUAACUCAACUGCUUGUCGCUUUUAUUCACAGGAGGAAGAAGGUGACUCAUGUGGUGCAUAAACUGUGUGUCAAACUGACAGUGAACUGACAGAGGGAACCUUUGAUUAUUAACCCAUUACUCUGUGGCUGUUUUUGCCUUGAGCCUGAAAAAAAUAAAACUGGCACAGAGUACCACAUCUGUUUGCAACAACAGAAUGCUCUGAAGUUUGCCAAGACUGGACAGUAAUUUGGUCUCAAAACAGAAACAUUCAGUAACCACUUGAGGGAUGGAACAAAAGAUAAUGCUGUAAAGUCUUUUGACUUUAGAAAAAUUAACAGUCAGUCACCUGUUAUCAACACUAAAAGCAAAUAGGUAUACAUAGACUAUAAAAAGUAGUGACCGUCUUUGGAAAUUGGCAAGUUUUAAUGUCAUACAGCAAUGAAUCAUGUAAUAUGUCAAUAUUUUGCCCUUUAACUAACUAAUUGUUUUGUUUUUUUCCUACAUGUAUUUUAGAUUUGUAAUUAAAGUUGUCAAUGUCAAAAAAGCCACGUUAAAUCCCCUUUGAUUCAAUUUUGUAAGAAAAUAAAACAUGAAAACUUCCAA